AUGUCGAGCAAAUUUAAAAGUACCAACAUCCCAAAGCAACUUAAGGCCAUUAAAUCCGCCCUCGAGGCGACCAAGCGCCCUUUCUUCUGCACUGGUAACAUCCCAUUGGAUGAGAACGUGCCCAUCACUAUAUUGCUUUCCGAAACUUCUGGGGGAACAUCACCCAAAUUUACUCCCGUCUCCUUCCCGCUGAAGAAUGAAAGCGAAAUCGUGCCACUCAUUAAUGCAUCUAGUCAGGCCUCGUUUGGGAGGGGAAAGGAAGACGUGUUUGAUCCUUCGUACCGUCGCGCCCUCGUGCUGCAAAAGGAGAACUUUGGGGUUUUUCCUGCAGGGGGCCUGGACCCCUACGGUAUAGGUAUUAUUACUUCCAUAUCCAAGUUCCUGCUUCCUUCGAAUCCGCACUCGCCCGCCGGACAGAUGAGCGAUGAUAUCUUGCGGAGAUUGUGGCAUGCGCUGGAAGCAGACACGGGAAGGGUCCAGAUCAUUACUUGUUUGGACAAACUUAACGUUUAUUCUACUGGUGACUUCUUUAAGGGACAUAUCGACACCCCUCGCUCCUCAGACAUGUUCGGGACACUGCUAAUUAAUUUGCCUGCCCGACACGAGGGAGGUCAGCUUGUGGUCAGAGCGCCAGGAACGGAAAGUAGCAACAACAGCCUGGGCCGCGAGGAGUACACUACACAAUGGGGAAGCGGUGCAAAUCUCGAGUGGAUAGCCUUCUUUUCUGAUUGUGAGCAUGAAGUUUUGCCAGUCACAAGCGGCCAUCGAGUGACACUCUCGUACACGCUGUCGUUUGACAGCACUGGUAGCGACAAUACAUCAUUUGGCACCGAGAUCUUGGCUCAAUCGGGUUCCAAUCACAAUCUCAGUCUGCUAUAUCACGCACUCACUGCUCCUGGUGUUUUCACCAACAUCGAACAUCCUCGUCUGUGCUUCUAUCUGGAACAUCAAUAUCCCAUGGACGGGGCAUUGAAGACGGCGGAUUCAGUCAGUCACAAGCUCAAAGGUCGUGAUGUCGUUCUUUAUCACAUGUUAAUUCAAACGGGCGUCAGUGUCACCUUUCACCACGUUCUCUUCGCCCAGCACCGCUCCAAGCAUCAAACUCGUGCAAUACUCCCUCGAUCUGCCAAGCUCCAAACAUGGGAUGAGAUGGAAGGCGGCGUAAAUACAUUGAUCCGUACACACAAAGGCCGGAGCCCCGGGAGGCUAGGGAUCAUCGAAGUGAAUGGGGAUCCUAAAAAGUUCGUUAAGGUGGAUUUUGUCGCAUACGGUAAUGAGGCCUUGUUCGAGACGGAGUAUGGCACUGUAUGCAUGGUGACAACCGUGCAGGGAUUUGAUGUUGACGAGCCUUGGGGAGGCCUCGAUUCUGAAUAUUAAUAUCAAGGCGUUCACAAGCUUGAAGCACUUGUAAAUGCGAAUGGCGAGACACAGUGGUAGCAACCCUUGUCAUUUGUUGCAU